CUCGGGGCUUUGUUACGAAGAGACGCAGUGUGUGGUUUGUGUGGCGAUCAUUUGCCUCGUUCCCUUUAAAAUGGCAAAGAAUCUGGACUCUGGCGCUUCUAUUUUGUUUUGGCGUAUAUGACGGAAUUCGGGGGACUACGGUACAUGCUCGGUUAACGUUGGAUGACAAUAUGUGGACGCGGAGGAUAUGGAGCCAUUUUUUUAUUUGUAUAGUCGUUGUUCUUAUGGAUUGUUUCUGCGAAGCGGUGUCUGGGCAGCUCUCUUACUCUGUGUCAGAGGAGGUAAACCCGGGGACGUUUGUGGGAAAUCUAGCUAAAGAUCUAAGCCUUAAUGUUCAGGAUUUGGUGGCACGAUCGUUUCAGAUCGUUAGUGGAUCAAAGAGAAGAUAUUUCGAUGUAAAUCUGAAAACGGGUGCUCUUUAUGUCAGUGAAAGAAUCGACCGUGAGGAGCUUUGUGUCAAGGCUGCAAAAUGCACAGUCAAUGUAGAAGCCGUGAUCAACAAUCCCAUGAAACUGUAUCGUUUAGAGGUAAAUGUAGUCGAUGUAAAUGAUAAUGCCCCAUAUUUCCCUGAGAAACUGCAGUCUCUUAACAUUGCUGAAAGUACUGGGCCAGGACGGAGAUUCGGAUUUAUCGGAGCGUCGGACCUCGAUGUUGGCAAGAACAGCGUUAAUACAUACAAGCUGAGUACAAAUGAUUACUUUUCUUUAGACGUUCAUAGGGCUGGAGAGAGUGUGUCUGCCCAGCUUGUGCUUCAGAAAGCUUUAGACAAAGAAACACAACCUACUAUAAAACUUACAGUAACUGCUGUCGACGGCGGAAAUCCACCCAAGUCUGGGACAUCUGAAAUUAUUAUAAAUGUCUUAGACAAUAACGACAACGCACCUGUUUUCAGUUCCACUUUAUACAAGGUACGCAUUUACGAGAACUUAGCAGUGGGUACUACUAUUGUAGUGUUAAAUGCAACAGACGCAGAUGACGGCUUGAAUGCUGAAAUAGAGUAUUCACUGAGAAGUAAAGGCCAGGAUCACGUUUUAGAGGUAUUUGACAUUCAUUCAAAAACAGGUGCAAUUUUAGUUAAAGGUCAAAUUGACUAUGAACAAAACCCUGCGUUUGAAAUCCAUGCAGAGGCCAGUGACAGAGGACAGCCUCCAAUGUCUGCUGAUUGUAAAGUGCUGGUAGAAGUGGUGGACCUAAAUGACAACGCUCCCGAGAUCGCUGUGACGUCACUACUUCACACAGUGACGGAGGACGCUGAUGUCGGUACUGCUAUUGCACUUGUUUCUGUCUUGGACAAGGAUGGUGGAAAAAACGGGGCAGUAAAGGCUGUAAUUGUAAAUGAGAGCCCCUUUAAAUUGGACACAAAUUAUAAAAAUUAUUAUUCAUUAGUAGUGGAUGGUCCACUUGACAGAGAAACUAAGGCCCAAUACAACGUGACCAUAGUAGCAACUGAUGAAGGGACUCCGCCUCUCUCCAGCACCAGCAUAGUUUCUCUUCAUGUUUCUGACGUCAAUGACAACAUGCCUCGCUUCUCCGAGCCACUGUUUAAUGUUUAUGUGAAAGAAAACAGUCCAGUAGGAGCAGUGAUUAAAACAGUGACUGCAGCAGAUACCGAUUUAAAUGAAAAUGGUAAGGUGAGAUAUUCACUUCUACAAAGUAACAGUAACUCAUUGCCACUAUCUACAAUGAUUAACAUCAACUCAGAGACAGGAGACAUAGUCAGCCUGCAGUCUUUUAACUAUGAACAGAUGAAAACCUUUCAGUUUAAAGUCCAGGCCACAGACUCUGGUGUUCCUCCGCUCAGCACCAACGUGACUGUCAACGUUUUCAUCCUGGAUGACAAUGACAACAGUCCCUCGAUUCUCGCGCCCUAUUCUGAGCACGGCUCCGUUAACACUGAGAGCAUCCCCUAUUCUGCUGAAGCGGGAUACUUUGUGGCAAAGAUCAGGGCUGUAGACGCUGACUCGGGAUACAAUGCGCUGCUUUCUUAUCACCUCUCUGAGCCCAAAGGAAACAACCUCUUCCGGAUCGGAACCAGCACCGGGGAAAUCAGGACUAAGAGGAGGAUGAGUGACAACGACCUGAAAACUCACCCCUUGGUGGUGCUGGUCUCUGAUAACGGAGAACCCUCCCUGUCAGCUACUGUGUCUAUUGAUGUCACGGUGGUUGAAAGCUCAGCUGACAUCCAGACUCAGUUCAGACAUGUGCCCAUAAAGGAGGACAGCUUCUCGGAUCUAAACCUGUACCUGCUGAUUGCCAUCGUGUCGGUGUCAGUCAUCUUCCUGCUGAGUCUCAUCAGUUUAAUAGCUGUCAAAUGCCACAGGACAGACGGCAGUUUCAGCAGGUACAGCGCCCCCAUGAUCACCACCCACCCUGACGGGAGCUGGUCUUACUCUAAAUCUACUCAGCAGUAUGACGUCUGCUUCAGCUCAGACACGCUCAAGAGUGACGUAGUGGUUUUCCCCGCACCGUUUCCACCUGUAGACGCUGAGCUGAUCAGUAUUAACGGAGGAGACACGUUUACUAGGACUCAGACUUUACCCAGUAAAGAUAAGGUAAGAACAUAAUGACACCGUUAUUAU